AGGCAUCCGCGUGGGGUACACCCCUGAUGUCCUGACGGAUGCCACCGCUGAACUCUCUGUAGCUUUGCUUCUGGCUGCAUGCCGCCGACUGCCGGAGGCAGUGGAGCAGGUGAAGAAUGGUGGCUGGACAACAUGGAAGCCCUUGUGGAUGUGUGGCUAUGGGCUGUCUGAUAGUACGGUGGGCAUCAUAGGUCUGGGGAGAAUAGGACAGGCUGUCUCCCGCCGCCUGAAGCCGUUUGGGGUCAAGAAGUUUUUGUACACUGGCAGUUGCCCGAAACCAGAGAGUGCCGCAGAGUUUGAAGCUGAGUUCGUCCCACUCACGAGGCUGGCUGAAGAAUCGGACUUCGUUGUAGUGACAUGUGCUUUGACUCCAGCCACCCAGGGAAUGUGCAACAAGGACUUCUUUGCCAGAAUGAAGAAGAGCUCUGUUUUUGUCAACACAAGCAGGUAAUCGCAACGCAGUCUCCUGUGCACACUGUGAUGCAUGGGGGCAUCUGGUAGGCUUAGUUGUUCAGGGGGCUCUGUCUCCUCCCCAGGGCCCUGUGUAAGAAAUUAACCCUCCCUUUCCCCUCCAGUGAUUCUGCCGCACGUCGGGAGUGCCACAUACGCCACGAGGAACACCAUGGCGGUGCUGGCAGCCAACAACCUGCUGGCCGGGCUGCAAGGGGAGCCCAUGCCCCAUGAGCUGCUGCUGUGA